CAGUCUGAGGCAGGUGCCCGACAUGGCGAGUGCUGUGCUGCCGAGCGGAUCCCAGUGUGCGGCGGCAGCGGCAGUGGCGGCGGCGGCGGCGCCUCCCGGGCUCCGGCUCCGGCUUCUGCUGUUGCUCCUCUCCGCCGCGGCACUGAUCCCCACAGGUGAUGGACAGAAUUUGUUUACGAAAGACGUGACAGUGAUCGAGGGAGAAGUUGCAACCAUCAGCUGCCAAGUCAAUAAGAGUGACGACUCUGUGAUUCAGCUGCUGAAUCCCAACAGGCAGACCAUUUAUUUCAGGGACUUCAGGCCUCUGAAGGACAGCAGGUUUCAGCUGCUGAAUUUUUCUAGCAGUGAACUCAAAGUGUCGUUGACAAACGUCUCCAUUUCUGAUGAAGGGAGAUACUUCUGCCAGCUCUACACCGACCCCCCCCAGGAAAGUUAUACCACCAUCACAGUCCUGGUUCCGCCACGCAACUUGAUGAUCGAUAUCCAGAAGGACACUGCGGUGGAGGGCGAGGAGAUCGAGGUCAACUGCACCGCCAUGGCCAGCAAACCAGCCACGACUAUCCGGUGGUUCAAGGGGAACAAGGAGCUGAAAGGCAAAUCGGAGGUGGAAGAGUGGUCAGACAUGUACACCGUGACCAGCCAGCUGAUGCUGAAGGUGCACAAGGAGGACGACGGGGUGCCGGUGAUCUGCCAGGUGGAGCACCCUGCAGUCACCGGAAACCUGCAGACCCAGCGGUAUCUGGAAGUACAGUAUAAGCCUCAAGUGCAUAUUCAGAUGACUUAUCCUCUACAAGGCCUAACCCGCGAAGGGGACGCGCUUGAGUUAACAUGCGAAGCCAUCGGGAAGCCCCAGCCUGUCAUGGUGACUUGGGUGAGAGUGGAUGAUGAAAUGCCUCAACAUGCUGUACUGUCUGGGCCCAACCUGUUCAUCAAUAACCUAAACAAAACAGACAAUGGUACCUACCGCUGUGAAGCCUCAAACAUAGUGGGGAAGGCUCAUUCGGAUUAUAUGCUGUAUGUAUACGAUCCCCCCACAACUAUCCCUCCUCCCACAACAACCACCACCACCACCACUACCACCACCACCACCACCACCAUCCUUACCAUCAUCACAGACACAACGGCGACGACAGAACCAGCAGUUCACGAUUCUCGAGCAGGUGAAGAAGGCUCGAUACGGGCGGUGGAUCACGCGGUGAUCGGCGGCGUCGUGGCCGUGGUGGUGUUUGCCAUGCUGUGCUUGCUCAUCAUUCUGGGGCGCUAUUUUGCCAGACAUAAAGGUACAUACUUCACUCAUGAAGCCAAAGGAGCCGAUGACGCAGCAGACGCCGACACGGCUAUAAUCAAUGCAGAAGGAGGACAGAACAACUCGGAAGAAAAGAAAGAGUACUUCAUCUAGAGCAGCCUUUUGUUUCAAUGAGGUGUCCAACUGGCCCUAUUUAGAUGAUAAAGAGACAGUGCUAUUGGAACUUGCCAGAGAAAUUCGUGUGUUUUUUUAUGAAUGGGUGGAAAGGUGUGAGACUGGGAAGGCUUGGGAUUUGCUGUGUAUCAACAAAAUGUUCUUUGAAAAGUACGCUCUGCUGUUUGACACCUCUUUUUGGUUUUUUUUUUUUUUUUUUUUUUUUAAUUUGUGUUAUUUCCUACCAAGUCAAACUUGGACACUUGGGUUGAGUUUCAGUAGACUGCAGAAAAUUCUGUGCCUUGUUUUUUCGUUGGUUGUGUUCCUUUUAGUUUGCCCUUUGUGCGCAUUUAUUUUUCCCCAACUAUUUUUGAAAUUUUGCUUUUCCAAAAUCUCCCCUUUUGGAACUUACCUGCUGGGAUUCCUUAGAAUCUUUUCCUCCCUCAACCCCACCCCCUUUGUUUUUUUUUUUUUUUAAUUGUUUUAACUUCGUUUUAUUUUUGCAGUAACUGCUUUCUGUUCAAACUUCAGUUUCAUAAAAAGGAGAACCAGCACAGUUUAGAUUUCAUAGUUCAGAAUUUAGUGUAUCCAUAAUGCAUUCUUCUCUGUUGUCGUAAAGAUUUGGGUGAACAAUGAAAACUCUUUGCUGCUGCCCAUGUUGCAAAUACGUAGAGCAGUGAAGACUAGAAAAUUAGACUGUGAUUUCAGAAAAUGUUCUGUUUGCCGUGGAACUGCAUUACUGUACAGGGUUACCUGCAAGUGAGGUGUGUCACAAUGAGAUUGAAUCUGUCUUUAAUUCCGUAUCUGUAGACGGCUCAGUAUAGAAACCCCACGCUGUCCAGAAAGGUUUAGGGCAGGAAGGACGCCUUCGUUUUCGAUGCCCUAAACAGACCUGACAGGUGAGGUCUGUUCCUUUUAUGUAAGUGGACAAAUUUGAGUUGCCGCAGGAGGGGAAGUGGGGGGGGGGGGGAGACCGUUCUGCUCUGGUUAUUUCUGUUCCAAAUGAUCCCAUCCACCUUUCCCAAUCGGCCUGACUUCUCACUAAUUUGUAGGAAAAAGCAAGUCCGUGUGUUGUGCGAGUGACUGAAUGGGCCGGGUUUUUGGUUUUAUUUUUUUCUUUUGUGCUUAGUUAGGGAGGCGGUAGGAUGUGGCCUGCAUGUACUGUAUAUUACAGAUAUUUGUCAUGCUGGGAUUUCCAACUUGAAACCGUGUGAAACUUUCAUUCCUUCAGAUUUGGCUUGACAAAGGCAGGAGGCACAAAAAAGAAGGGCCGGUAUUGUUCCCACACUGGUCUGCUGUCCACCUCAGUUCUCGAAAGGUCAGCACAGAGGUGGACAAGCAGCAGGUCGGGAUUUUCAGUUACUUAAUCAAAACUCCAAUGUGAGUGUUUUUAUCUUUUUACCUUUCAUACACUAGCCUUGGCCUCUUUCCUCAGCCUUAAGAACCAUCUGCCAAAACAUUUCUGAUCCUCGCAUGAUGGCAGCCAUAGCGCAUAGCUACUAAAAUAAGUUACCCUGGACACGACUUGGGUGGGGAGCCUUGGGGGAACGGAGAGGAGUCGAGUUGCCACUUAAGGUUCUUUUAAAGAAAGAUGGGGGUUUUUGUUUUUCACUGAAAUGUCUAGGAAAUCUAGAAGUCGUUCUGAAGGACGCAAACUAAACUCUUACCAUAUGUGUUGGUAAGGCUCCAAAUUCCAGAGAACAGUCCCUAUGGAAAGAUGGCAUUGAAAAAGAUAGAUCUCUCUCUAUAUAUAUAAAUAUAUAUUAUAUAACAUUUUCAGUGAGUAAUUUUGGAUUUUGCAAGGUGCAUUUUUACUAUUGUUACAUUAUGUGGAAACCUUCCGCUGAUUUAUUCAAGGGGAAAAAAAAGUGUCAACUCUUUGUUAUUUGAAAGCGUGUUUAUUUUUCUCGUCUUUAUUUUCAUCUUUGAUAGAACCAUUGCAAUAUGGGGGCCUUUUGGGAACGGACUGGUAUGUAAAAGAAAAAUCCAUUUUUUCGAGCAGCAUUUUGUUUACCCCUCUCCUAUCCCUAGGCACUUAACCAAGACAAAAAAAAAAAAAAAAGCCACAGCAAACAUCUCUUUUUUCAAUGGAUUUUAUAAUGUGCAGCUCUGCUCCGAGCCCUUAGCACCCAUCCUGACCAUAGUAUAACCAUAUCACAGGGUGAGAAGCAUUUAGCAUGUUGUUGAAAGAAUUUUUUUUGGUUGUUCUUUUUAGAAAAAAAUGAAACGAACAGAAAAAAAAAAAAAAAAACAACCUACCAUUGCUCACAGAAUUGGCAUCUCAUUUUUUGGGACCGCCCGUCCUUCUGUUUUGAACAGUGUACAGUAGUGCCGUGUUCCUGAUGUAACUUUAUGGCUUAUAAUGUUGACAUGUCUCAGGUUCAUGUGUUUCGAUUGGUGUUUUCCGUCUCAGGUAGAUUGCAAAGUGUAGGCCCCACACAUUGGAAAAAAAAUAAUAAAACAAAGCAAAAACAGGAAAUUAUGGGUUUUAGUUGUAUAUUGGUUUAUGUAUUUUUCUUAAGUAUACAGUGCACUGUUUGAAAUGUAUUGUUGAGUAUUACUUUGUACAGGUUGAUCACUUUUUUUAGAGUGAAGAAAGAACAAACUUGUUUUUCUUUUUGUGUUUUUUAAAGGAAUAUAAAAUAAUGAAGGAUGUAUAAUUGAUGCCAAAUAAGCUUGUUCUUUAGUCACACCGGCGUCUUAUUUUUCCCUUUAGGCCAGUUCUGUUUUUAAGGUGUACAUGGACAAUGUUACAGUGUAAGAAACUCCAUAUCCAUAUGUUCUCAUUCGCAUUUUGUAUUGGUUCAUGUAUACCAUUUUUACAAAAGAAAAAAGAAAAAAAAAGAAGUACUAUAAAAUAUCUGUCUUCUUAAUAAAAAAAAUUAAUGUUACAAAGUGA